CGAAGAUAAACGUUAAAUAAAACACCAAACCAACAUUGAAUUAAUUUAUUUGACUCUCUUCGAUGUCCGAUUACAAAUGUACUAUUAAACGUAUAUAUAGUUGUAUUAAAUGAACGUAUAAACUGACGAUAUUAUUAAGUGAUAUAUUUAUUUUAAAACAGAACUACCAAGAAAAACGUUAAAAGAGGAAAAUGUUUUACAAAAACUUAGUGUGGCUUUGUUUGAUAUUUGCUGAAAAUUUACAAAAAAUUUCUUGUCUUAAUAAUGGCUUAGCUCUCACGCCACCAAUGGGAUGGCUCGCUUGGCAGCGUUAUAGAUGUAUCACAGAUUGCGAAACGUAUCCAGACGAGUGUGUAAGUGAAAAAUUAUUCAUGGAAGCAGCGGAUUUACUAGUAAAAGAAGGGUAUGCUGACGCAGGCUACAACUUUCUAAUUGUAGAUGAUUGCUGGUUAGCAAAAAAUAGAUCAGCAGAUGGAAAACUGCAACCCGAUGAAAAGAGAUUUCCUAGCGGUAUUAAAGCUUUAUCAGACUAUGUACAUUCAAAAGGAUUGAAAUUUGGUUUAUAUGAAGAUUGGGGUAAUAAAACUUGUGCUGGUUACCCAGGUAUUUUGGGUAAUGAAGAAAUAGAUGCCAAAACUUUUGCAGAGUGGGAAGUGGACUACGUCAAAUUAGAUGGUUGUUAUUCAAAUAUCAGACUCAUGGAUAAAGGUUAUCCUGAAUUUGGAAGACUUCUCAAUAAAACGGGAAGGCCAAUAGUAUACUCUUGUAGCUGGCCUGCUUAUCAAGAAGAAAAAGGCAUGUCGAUAAAUUACGCAUUAAUGGCUCAACAUUGCAAUCUUUGGAGGAAUUAUGAUGAUAUUGAUGAUUCAUGGGAUAGUAUGAUUAAAAUAGCUGAUUAUUUUGCUAUGAAACAAGAACUUUGGAGUAGAUAUGCUGGACCAGGUCAUUGGAAUGACCCUGAUAUGCUUUUAAUUGGAAAUUUUGGUUUAUCUUAUGAACAAAGCAAAACACAAAUGGCUAUUUGGGCUGUACUAGCAGCUCCACUUCUUAUGUCAAAUAAAUUAUAUGAUGUUCGACCAGAAUUUAAAGCAAUAUUGCAAAAUAAAGACAUUAUCAAAGUAAAUCAGGAUCGAUUAGGUAUACAAGGAACUAGAGUGUUUAGGGAUAAAGGUAUAGAUAUGUGGACUAGAAAAAUUGAACCUAUUCGAAAUGGACAAUACUCAUAUGCAGUAGCCUUUGUGAGUAGACGUGUUGAUGGUGCUCCAUAUCCCUACAACAUAACUUUACAAGAUCUAGGUUUAGUUAAUCCAGAAGGCUACACAAUAACAAAUCUAUUUGGGCAAAGAAAUAUAUUUAACUGCGUUUUUACUCCAACAAUGAAUGUUAAAGUUAGAGUGAUUCCAAAUGGAGUAGUAUUUUUACGUUUUAAUGUGGAUGAUUCUCAAAAAUAUUGUGAUGAAAUCCAGAAAAAAACUCAUGUGUUUGUUUGACUUCGAAGUAUAAGUAAAUUAAUAUUUAGUAUUUAAUUAAAAUACUCAUCAAUUUUUAAUUGAAAAAAGUAACAUAAAUGUAUUUAUAAUAUUUGUAUUUUAUUAUAUAAUAACACUUCUUGAGUAUAAACAUACAACAAAAUAUAUUUUAUGAAAAACAAAAUCUUAAAUAAGUUAUACUUUACCAUUCAAUUUAUGAUAUAUUAUAAGAAUAUGUUUCAUUGUUGAUUGAAAUUGAUAUUAUCAAUGAUCGUACUUGUUUUAUAUUCCUGGUACAUUGAAAUUCACCUUCUAGUACAUCACCUAUGAUUAAAAAUUCAGUAUAACACAAAUAAAUGCAUCGGAAAUAGUA